AAUUUUUUCUUGUUAAAUUAAAACCAUCGCAUUCAUCCUCGUCUCCACUCUCCACCCUCCAACUCCAGUCAUCUCUGACACUCCAACUCUCCAAAUCAGUAGAGUCAGUAGAUGAGUCAACUCAUUAUUCACAAAUCUCUUCCCUUUCCAUUGACAAGAACCGCUAAUCCAGAGCCUCCCACUUGUUCUUUUUCAUCUACUAGCCUCACACACAAAAAAAUUUCCCAAAUUACCUUUUCUUCUCCUCAAAUUUCACAACUUUGGACCGCUUCAGAGCUCGCGGAGGCCGUCAAUGGCAGAAUCUUGCAAUGGGGGCCUCCGGGACCAAUCUCUACCGACACCCGAACUCUCAAGCCGGGCCAAUGGUUCCUCCCACUCGUGGGCCCCAACUUCGAUGCCAACACCUUCAUUUCGCCGCAACUCUCCGCCCAGGGAUGCGCCGGAGUGAUUGCGAACCGGGUUUGCGAGAAUUGGGAUAAGGGUUUUGUGCAGGUGGGUGGGAAUACUACGGAUUCUCUUAAAACCCUGGGAAUGUACGCAAGAAAUAGAUUCAAGGGUUGUUUGAUUGGCAUAACUGGGAGUGUGGGCAAAACCACCACUCGAGCUAUGACAGCAUUGGCUUUAAAAACCAUGGGAAGUGUUUAUCAGAGUCCGGGGAAUUGGAAUAAUGAAACCGGGGUGGCACUAUCCCUGAUUGGGAUGCCCUGGGGUUCAGGGUUUGGAGUGUUGGAGCUUGGGAUGAGUGGUAAAGGAGAGAUCUUGGAGCUUGCCCGGAUUUGCAGGCCGAAUAUCAGAGUGAUUUUGAAUGUGGGGGCUGCACAUUUGGAGAAGUUUGAGAAUUUGGAGGAUGUUUCAGUGGCAAAAGGGGAGAUUUUGAGAGAGGCAAAGAUGGGGGAUGUUUGUGUUCUAAAUGCUGAUGAUCCUCUUGUUAUGAACCUUCCAGUCCCUGUGGGCAUUAAGAAGGUACUAUUUGGUCAAAAAAUGGGCUGUGAUGUUCGGUUAGUUUCGUCACAUAUGAUAGAUGGUGGUCAGAGAGUACAGAUUGUAUUAGAGAAAAAUUAUGAGAUGGUUGAAUUUGUUGUUUCAGGUGCAGGCCUGCAUUUGGCCCAGAAUGCAUGUGCAGCAGCUGCUGUGGCCAGUUUCUUGGGUGUCCCUCUUGCCCAAGUGGGAAACGCCUUAUCUAAUUUCACUCCCGUUGGCAGGAGGUCAGAACUCGAAGUUGCAAAAAAUGGUGUGAAGAUUAUAAAUGAUGUUUACAACGCAAAUCCAGUUAGCACGAGAGCUGCCAUUGACUUGUUAAGGGGCAUUCACUGCGAAGGUAAAAAAGUUGCCAUACUAGGAGACAUGCUCGAACUUGGGCCAGAAGAGAUAAGUUUCCACGAAAUGGCUAUAAAACAUUGUUAUGAAGCCCGUUUCGAUUUGGUUGCACUUGUUGGAAGAAGGUUUGGGAUAGCAGCCGAGAAUUUUAGCAGUUCUCGGGGACUAAAAGUGUUGCAUGCUAUGAAUGCUCAAGAGCUCACCUCGGAAAUUGUCGGCCUCUUAAAUUGCGAUGACGUUGUUCUUGUGAAGGGUAGCCGCGGAAUGCGAAUGGAAGUAAUUGUUGAAGCCAUCAAGUGUAUAGGCGAAAACACAGUUGGGAAUCCAAAAUGAUGUAUGUUCAUUCUCUGCACAACAGGGUAUGCAUACACAGUUGAAGGGUGCUAGCCUCAAAGUAGUGAGGGGUAAAAAUGGGACCCAUGGGGCUAAAAUGAGAAGCCAAUGAAGGCUACACACUUGUUAAGCCAUUUAAGGGUUUUCAACACUAUACAAGGGGUCUCAUGUCAUCCUUUAGAAAUCAACCCUAGGUUCAUUACGUCCUAGCUAGUUUAGUGGUAUCUGGUCCUAACUUUCUUUAUAAUAGUCCAUAUUAAUACCUGUGUGUGUAGAGGAUAGUGAUCAUAUGAGAACUACCCUCUCUAUGAGUUCAUGAGAACCAAUCUGGUACAUUAAAAAAAAUUAGAUUUAUGGAUAAGAUUAGUCGAGGGGUUUCAAAAUUUGUGUGUGAAUAUGAGACAAUUGAAAUUGUAAUAGAAUUAAAAUGAUACUUUGAUAUUGCUAUAAUAGAACUAGUGUGUGGAAAA